AUGAGCAUCAUCGAAGAGCCAUCCUCGCAACACCAGGACCUCGAGGCCUACCGCAUCCACCUACCGCAACAUGUACUGCCAUCCUCGUCCCACGAUACGCGCGGUCCCACCAACGACAACGGCGACGGCGACGACAACGACAGCGGCUUCUUCUACAUCCCCGACUUUAUCAGCGCAGACGAGGAGGAAUACCUGAUCAACAAGAUCAACACGGCGCCGCUGCCAAAGUGGAAGACGCUCCACAACCGCCGCCUGCAGUACUGGGGCGGGCAGGUGACGGCCUCCAACGUCCUCAUCCCGCAGGACAUGCCCGACUUUCUCGAAAAGUUCCCAGACCUCGUCUCGCGCCUCGAGCGCACCGGCGCCUUUCGCGGCAGCAAGCACGGCCGGCCCAACCACUGCCUCGUCAACGAGUACCGCGCGGGCCAGGGCAUCAUGCCCCACGAGGACGGCGCGGCCUACUUUCCCGCCGUGGCGACCAUCAGCCUCGGCUCACACACGCUGCUCGACGUGUACCGCUACGUCGACGACGCGCUGCAGCAGCAGUUUGACAAAAAGAUGGAGCAGCACGACGCUGGGCCUGGCGACCCGGCCGCGUUGCCGAGGGAGCGGAUUGAGGGCAACGUCAAGGUGGUGCGCGGUGCCAGGGCGCGUGAACCCGAGCCCGUCUUCUCCAUCCUCCAGGAGCCUCGGAGCCUGCUCAUCACCCGCGGCCGCGUUUACAGAGACUUUCUGCACGGCAUCGCGGAGCGCACGAGCGACCCGGCCGAGGCGCUGUCCAAGGUGAUCAACGUCGGGCAGAUCCGGGAUGGCGGGAUCCAAGAGGUGCUGGCCGCGGCCAAGGCGAGCCUGCAGCCGCCGAGCAAGCUGAUGCCCGUGGCCAAGGCGGACGGCGAUGGGACCAGAAAGACGGAGCUGGUGCGGGAUACGAGGCUGAGCCUUACGCUGCGCGACGUGGAAAAGGUCAGCAAGGGAUUGGGAGGGCUGCUGGGAGCCAUGACGAGGGUGUAG